AUGGCUUGUAUUCCGGAGAACUGUCAAGAAGAAUAUAGAUUCGAAUUUGUUCGAUUAGCCAGUUUUAAAGAUUGGCCAUGCUCGUGGAUAAAACCGGAAAAACUGGCAGCAGCUGGAUUUUAUUACACGGGCGAAGAAGAUAAGCACAAUUCCGAAAAAAUGGACAAAGCAGACGAGAAAUCCACGUGUUUUAUGUCCGUUUCCGAUUUGGAUAAUGUUACCGAGGACAUUGGAAUGUUAAACAAAAUAUUGUCAAAACCGAAAUAUCCACAAUUUGACACUUAUGAAGCAAAAAUCAAUACAUUUGAAGCAUGGCCAAAAUCAUCAAAACAAACAAAACAAGAUCUUGCAAAUGCUGGAUUUCAUUACACGGGAAGAGAUGAUCAGACAUUGUGUUACUAUUGCGGAGGAGAAUUGAAAGAUUGGAAUCCGGAAGAUGUUCCCUGGGAGCAACAUGCAAAGUGGUUUGAAUACUGUCCGUUCCUGAUUGUUUGCAAAGGACGCGAUUACAUAAACACAGGCAUCAAAGGAACAUAUUAUACACGAAACAAUUCAAUUAAUUCAUCCGAAAAAAUACAAGAAGCAGACGAGAAAUCGGACGAAGUCACUGGCAUAUUGCAGCAGAAUUUUACAAUAUACACAUAA